AUGAGUGACGAGCUGAUAACACGAGCGUUGGUGGGUGGUCAGUGGAUUAAUGGCAGAGGCGGCACCUUCCCCGUGACAGAUCCUGCCACAGGUGACGAGAUCGCCCGUGUGGCAGACUGCACUACUGCGGAAGUAACGUCUGCAAUCGAGGCAGCGGCAGCAGCCUUCGAGGGGUGGCGGCUACGCAGCACUAAAGAGCGCGCAGCAGUUCUCUUGAAGGUGCGGGACUGUCUGCUUCAGGAGAAGGACAUCAUUGCCACCGUGCUCAGCAGAGAAAACGGGAAGCCGUUGGGCGAGGCUGCAGGGGAGGUGGGAUUCGCAGCGUCCUUCUUUGAAUGGUUUGCUGAGGAGGCUCGAAGGCAGUAUGGUGAAACCAUCCCUAGCCCCUUCCCCUCCAAGCGGCUGGUCACCGUGAGGCAACCCGUCGGGGUGGCCGCCCUCAUCACGCCAUGGAACUUUCCCAUCGGAAUGAUUGGGCGCAAGGUUGCCGCCGUCCUGGCCGCUGGCUGCACUUGUGUCGUCAAGCCUGCAGAGGACACGCCACUCACUGCCCUCUUCUUCGCGAAGAUAUGUGAGCGUGCGGGGGUGCCUCCUGGAGUGGUCAACGUAGUGCCGUGUUCCAGGGAGAGGGUAGAAGAAGUGGGGGCGGCCCUGUGUGCCUCUCCCCGCGUGCAGGUGCUCUCUUUCACUGGCUCCACAGCUGUUGGCAAGUGGCUAUACUCCCGCUGCGGGCCGACAGUGAAGAAGCUUGCCCUGGAGCUUGGAGGUGAUGCGCCUUUCAUUGUGUUUCCGUCUGCUGACCUUACUCGAGCCGUUGAAGGAGCGAUGGCCUCCAAAUUCCGCAACACUGGCCAAACCUGCGUCACGGCCAACCGCAUCUUUGUGCACGAGUCCAUUCAUGAUAAGUUUGUGUCUUGUUUCGCCUCCGCGAUGGACGCCGAGCUGAAGGUGGGCCGUGGCCUGGAGAAGGGCAUCAAUCAGGGACCCAUCAUCAACCAGCGACAGUUCGACCGACUCGUGAAGAUUGUUAAAGACUCUGUGUCAGCCGGAGCCAAGACGGUGCGAGGAGGGCUCUCCCUUGGGGGCCUCUUCUACGCCCCAACACUCCUGACUGGAAUCAAGAUGGACAUGCCAGUGGUGACUCAGGAGAUCUUCGGUCCCGUCGCUGCCAUCAUCCCAUUCCAGAACGAAGAAGAGGUGAUCAGGCUUGCCAACACGACCGAUAAGGGACUGGCAGGCUAUUUCUACUCCAACGAUGUGAGUCAAGUAUGGAGGGUGGCAGAGGCUCUGGAUGUAGGCAUGGUGGGCGUGAACGAGCCAAUGGUGUCUUCAUGUGAGGCGCCCUUCGGAGGCUUCAAGCAGUCAGGACUAGGCAAGGAGGGGUCGAGAUACGGCCUGGACGAGUUCACACAUCUAAAAUACAUUUGCUUCGGUAUAUAGACGGAAAAGCUUUUGGUUCUUUAUUUUACCAUGACCCCAAGAUCUUUGAACGUACUGAGUGAUAAGUGCUACUUUGUGACGGCGACCACCGCCGCACGUACAGAUGCAUGCUGCUCGGUUAUCCACUACACCUGGUCAUCUAUAACAUGUGAUUGAAACUUAACUAGGACAGCGAUUGUACAUUCCUCAUUCACUUCCCCACACAUGAUAUGACGACACUUUCCCAUCCCUGGAGCAGCAAGGGACCGGGAUGAUAAACUCCUUCCUUGGAUCAAAGGCAUCAGCCAAUAGCCAAUGCCAUGGUGGGCUUCAUACCUCCAAACUGUUUCUUCAGCUCUUGUUACCUAAACACUGAAAGGAUGCAAUCAAAAGUAUACUCAGUGAGGUUGUUAUACAUCUCUUCUGGAAAUAAAAUAUCGACCUACAGCGCAAUUA